GUUUCCUUCUUCCUUCUUCCUUCCGUCAUAGGACGAGAGAAGUGACGCCUCAUUCGUUCAGAGAGACCUGAGAGAAGGACGCAGAAACCAGGCCAGGCCUCAAGUACCAAUCCUGUUGCUUGAAAACCAAACUGAAAAGCACAAAAUGUCUGCAGACCGAGACAGCAUCAUGCCCGCGUACGAGGACGUCAGGAAUGAUUCAUCUGAAACUACAUGGGCUGCAUUCUCAUAUUCAGAAGAUGGAAAGACCAUUGCUUUUGAUGAGAGUGGAAAUGAUUACUCGCAGUUUUUAGCAAAGCUGAAUGAUGAUAAUCGUGUGUAUGGAUUUGUACGGAUGGAAACUGGAGAUGAGAUGAGCAAAAGAGCUAAAUUUGUCUUCAUAACAUGGAUUGGCAAAAAUGUCUCAACAUUAAAAAAAGCGAAAGUUAGCACUGAUAAGGCAUUUGUGAAACAAAUUUGCAAUAAUUUCGCUGUUGAAAUAUUGGAAAGUGACAUUGAUCAACUUUCUGGUGAAAAUGUCCUAGCAUUGGUUAAAAAGGCUGGUGGUGCUAAUUAUGGGACUGGUGUACGAGAUUAAAUUUUUGCUCUGCUGAUGAUCGUAAACUACAGACUUUUCUUUGCAUAGAUCUUUACCAAAACUUCUAACGAAAACUGACAAAAAGGUUGUGAUUUAGAGAAGUGAUUUAUUCAAAAGUUGAGAUAUGUUCCUAAGAUAAGAAAAAGAAUUAAAGGAACUGCUGUAGAAAAGGAUAAAUCAGAAUAUUCUUAAAAAAGGAUAAGUUGAUUUUUAUUUUUGUCUGCACUUCAUCUAAGUUACAUUUUAUGAUGCCCGCAUCAAGUUUUUUCUAUAUAAAAUGUAGGAAUUAGGAAACAUUUAAAGAACAUUUGAAAUCAAAGAUAUUGGAGAGUCUGUCCCUAGACUUUUUUGGAUUUAAACUUUGAAAGUACCAGUAGGUGAUUUUUUGAAAGUCUUUUUAAUGUGUCCCUUUCUACUGUGUUGAACCCAAUAAACGCCUAUAUUUGUUAAUUUCAUAGUAUCUUGCAAUUUAAAUUUGUCUUUAAAUAACUGGGAGAGUGUUGUAUUUCUAAGAUACCAUUUGUAGUUAUCACUGAGAAUCAGAAAUAACAUUUUUUGCUAAGAUAAUAGAAGACUCUUUUAUAA